AUGGGAUAUGCUAACCAAUCAGUAGGAUACACAGGAGGAAAUUACCAAUCAGAUAAUCUAACAACUAAAAAGAAUAGCUUGUUUUUUAACGCAGUAAUACUUGUAGAUGGUAAUCAGUAUGAAUUAGAGGAUGUGAUAGGAGAUAAAGUUAAAACCAGAAAUGGUAGAGAAUUUUCAUUUGAUAAAAUAACAACAGUACAACCACUAAAAUUUGGUAAUGCAGUGAUUCUAAGAGGAGAGAAUGCAGGAAUUGAAGGAGUAUUCUUAAAGACAAAAGAAGAGAACAACAUUCAAUAUGGACAAAUAAAAACAACAGAGGAUGUAACUUACUGGUCAAAGUUAUCUGAAAUUACUAAAAAAUAA